CAUGACAAUCAAAUUGUUUCGCUGUUUCAUAUUUUUGCGAUUUGAAUAUGGGCAAACGUUUCAGUCGCUAAAAUACACGCAUAUCGUGAAAUCUCGCGCUGAAAACACUCCCUCCCCACCUUGGAGCUCGUAGACCUGAGACUGCCAAUUCUGCUCGCAUGUAUACCAAAACCUACGUUUCUACAGGGUCACAAUGUGUUGGCUCAUUAGUCAUCCGUUUCAUCUGCAUAAAUAGGCGCUACCUCCUCUUUUUAUGCGCUCGAUUAAUCAGCCUCUGUUAAUCCGCCUAUAAGUCUUCUAAUCACCCAACUGGACUUAUGCGCCUCCUUGACACUCCUUCUAGAUUACAAUCCUGAUCGUAAGUAAACACUCAAUUGCGAAUUUAAUGCCCCAAUUUCACUAAUAUGCUCACAGUCCCCAUGCAUUCUUCCAAGUUGGUAGCCCAAAUGCAAUUGUUCUUCCUCACUCAUCACCAUCUGUCAAAACUGCAUCAUUAGCUCAACAAUGCCAUCCAUAUAUUUCCUUCAUUAUUCAUUUUUGUCGGUCACGAUCAAUAGAAGCUUUAUCUUAUUUUUGGGCCUUGUGUUUCAUCUGCAAGUCGCAUGUGAAAUCUUGUGUCCUUCAUCCGUGAGCCCGGGUAUCACUACUCUUAUUGUGGGCCUUCAGUCAAUGCGAAAUUGCCCAAACAACCACGAAUUCCACUGUGAAUUUGUAACAACCCGCAUGCUAGGAGAGCUGAGCAAUCAGGACUGCUCACAUAGUCCGCCAAUGCUGCCCGUAUGCAGUCGUACCCUUAAAAUCAUACAUCCAUCCUACGCAUGUCCAAGCGUUAGUAACUUAUUGAAACAAGAAACCGCAACAGAUGUCCCAAUAACCUGAGCGUCAUGUCCAGCAAACAUGCAAUCGAUUAGGGGUGCAUUGAACUCUCCCAUGAAUAAGAACUCUGAAAGGAUAGAUAAUCUCUCCGGGUUCUCUAUGAGACGGGCGACCGCCGCGGAAUCACUUCUCUACAAUCGGUAGACUAUCAGGACAGAUUGUUGUAGAUAACCAAUAUUCCGUUCUCCUUCGCUGAGUUCCCUCCUCAGCUAUAGAAGUAGAACAUGACGUCUCGGCCUCACUGCUGGCGAGUAAUCCGAUUGAAAAAAGCGGAGGUUGAUGCAUUUGAUGCUAAAGCGCUGAGAGAGAAUCAACGCAAAAUGUUACUUACAGGCCAGGACAACUUUGAGUGUACGGGGGCGUAUUGAUGCUGGCUGAUUGUUUGAACUCCAAUGACCUCUACGCGGAAUACCUCAAUAUACAGCGCGUGACCGAUCUCAUGAAAUGUUGGCCGAACUUCUGAAAUGCGUUUUCGACAAGGAAGGAUUAAUAAGAUGGCGUUUUAAUAUUAAUUAUCAUGUUGCAUGAUCCUGUAUUAUUUCGGACUCGCCCUGAUGUCGACAUUUGAAAGCUCUUCUUUCUUAUCUCUCGCAGAAACCGAACUCGGUAUAAAAUGUCUACUGAUAUGGCAUGCAUUUUUCACACCUAUUGUGGAUGGACAUACUAAUUGAAAUAUAUUUUAUAUAAGGCAUGCACAAUGAUAUGCUUUCUUUUACAUGUUUGUUAGAGAAUCACAUUUUGUUUCUAUUUUAUGCCCGAAAAAGUGCAUCAUGAGAAUUUGAAAACAUUUUCCAAUUCCCGAAUAAUUUUGAGCCUCCUUAGUCGUGGCAUUAGCGUUUAGCGAUUCCACUCUACAAGCUGCAUGCGUUCCGCGUAAGGAAACUUAUAUAUUCCUCUAUGUCUUUCAGAAAAUACUGCAUAGAGUUCAUAAAAUUUUGCAAUGGAUACGGGCUAUGUUGUAAACUUCAAGAGGAACUUUGGUAAACGUGCAAGUGCCAUGCUAUAUAUAUAGACAUCGCAAAGUCAUAUAAACCUCAUAGUAAGAAACAUUUUCAAUUCCGAAAAAUAACUUUUCCUAAGGCAUAAAAUAUAAAGACAAUUUGCGUUUCUACCAAACAAGUUUAAGAAAGCAUAUUAUUGUGCAUCAUUUCUAUAAAAUAUAUCAGAAUAUGUAUGACCAUCCAACAUAGGUGUGAAAAUGCAUGCUACAUACGUAGUCAUUUUUUGCCGAGUCCGGAUUCUGUGAGCGAACAGAAAGACGUGCAUUCAAAAGCCUACAUCCUGUCGAUUCCGAAAUACUAUAGGAUUAGGAUACAUGAAAGUUAAUAUUACAAAGCCACCUUAUUAAUCCUUCCUAGUCGAAAACGCAUUCCGAAAUUUCGGCCAACAUUUAAUGAGAUCGGUCACGCACUGCAUGCAUGGGAUGGGCAAUUGAAGAUUGAAGGAUUAUUCCUCUUAGUAUAAUCAUUAGAACUGAUUUCACGCCCACAAAAUCGCCCAAAGUAGUGUGUGUCAGGCUCCAGGAGACUAAAUACCUAAAUAUUACUGUUAGGUCCUUGUUAACACAUUCAGUGCUAACCUAGGCUUACGAGGCAGAAUUUCUACUCAUUCUGGCUAAUCAGCCUGCCAUGCCCGUAUGUGGUCGAAUCCCUUGAAAUCAUAUAUUCAUCCAACGCAUAUCCAAGAGUUAGCAUCUUACUCGGAGACAAAACCACAAGAGACGCCUCAAUCUUCGUUUCUGUUUAAACGCACACACUACAAUAAUCAAGCCGGCAACGCAAGUGAUUUCCGUCAAGACAAAAAACUGGUCAUUGGGAGAGCCUGUCAGGGACCACUCGUAAACACGACACUCACGAAAUGUGAAUUUUCUAGCAGCGCGCCUUUGACCAUCUCUACUCGACUUCUUUAUGCAGUCGUUCAACACUUGAUGCAGGGACGCACAGGCAUUCACUUCUCAACUCAUUUUACUAAUGCCUAUGUAUUAUUGUCAUGUUUUGGGUGCAUGCACGCAUUAAUCUGAGGGCUCUUUCUGGCAUCCCAAAGGCAUGUCAUUCGUCAUUCAUCAAAAUCUGCCAAUGCUACGUGUUUUCCUCAACAAUUCCGUCCAUAUACUUCCUUGAUUAUUCCUUCUGUCUGGAGGUCACGGACAACAGACGCAUUGUCUUAUUCCUGAGCCUUGUCAUUCACCUGCGAGUCGCAUGUGCACAUGCAUUGUGUCCGUCAUCCGUCAGCCUGGACAUUAUUGUCCCAUCUGUGGGUGUUCUUGCUUAUAGCAUUCUGUCUGCAAAAACUUUGUGCAGCUUUCGGUCAAUUGUCACUUCAAUGCGUGGAAACUUCACAUUCAGCCGCUUGCACGUACUGUACAAAUUGCCAACGUCGAUGAUUGGAUAUGUUGCUUGGGCCAUUUGGAUCUAAUCCUUUGGGCGUCCGAAAUAGAACCUCUCGCGGUCAUUUACCUUACAUAUUCAAAUAUUACCGUAGGGUUCUUGUGCACACAUUCAGCGCUAACCUUGUCUCACGAGGCAACUUUUCUAUUCAUUCUAACUCCUCAGUCUGCUUUACGUUUUGUGUUGCCAAGGUGAACAUUGGGACGUGCAAUUUAGAUGUGCCUGCCAGCAGUUUGAAAAUGCCACAUUAGAAAUGCUGCAGCCAAUCAAUAUUAAAGGCGUCAGAAUUCUUCUCACAAUCGCCAAAGCUAAAACAGGGUUCUCAAGUAAACGCCAGAAAGUGCAUCGAACCACGACUCACUUGCCUGUGCAACUAUCCUCAAGUUGGGCGUUUAAACUCUGGAGAAUUUCAUUGAUGGGUCUUUCCUUACUCAAGGAAUUAUUCAACCUUCGUUUAGAGAGGGAAGAAUAUUCUCUACAUUAGGCACGAGAAGAUCUCACUGCGAAAUUCCGCGUAUCAUAGGUUUGAGGCAUGCGUCAGGCAGGGAUCAUGUUUCCAGUUUAGUUCAGUGCGGUCUGUAUGAUGUGUCCGUUGGUAUGCGAAAGACCGCCUAAAUACUGAGGCAUAAGCAGUAGGGCGGGAGUGAAACAGCUACUGUUAUUAUGGUGUUUAAGGAAGACGAUCGAUUGUAGGUAGGCUGGAAAAUGGCAGCACAGUCACAUCCCAGUCCAGCAGCCAACCAUGCAGCGACAUUAUUGGAAAUUAAACACUUUCCGAAUUUCAGCCGUCGUACAGGACUUGACGACGACGACGACGACCAGACAAGCACCAGUAACGACAUCAAGGACUGAGCAUGCAUCAACAACUACCACAGGACCACCAACACGAGUUGGUAUGUUUUCAUCAAUGCCAAAACGCAAUUUUGACCAUCAACUGAAACCGGUGUACACAGUUCCAAUAGCUUAACGUACUAAUUUUGCAGUACUUUAAAGCAAAAGUUCAUGAUCCUUGUCUAGUGCAGACUCGAUUGCGCAAUGUAUUCGGUCAUGUCAGUAGCAGUGUCUCCCCUUGAUUAUUUCGGAAUUGUUUUUUCGAUAGAUAUGGAGCGGCUCAUCCUGUCAUGCAAAUGUGCUUCCUUCCCAAUGUAUGUUGUCUAUGAAAGCAAGCAGUACUGUGACAUACGGUCAUGUUGCAUCACGCCUCCAACCGUAAAUUGGGCACAUCCUGAAGGCGGGCAAAUUGACCAAAGUUAUGAAUUGCACAGUAUAGGAGACUGUGCACAGCGCAAAUAAUGUGUGAAUUCAGGAGGGUUCUCCUUGUUAUACUGGUUUUUGACAGCGUAAUUGAUGCGUCAUUAGCGGGUCUGUUUUUGGGGUCAGUAUCAGUCUGUAUAUUUGGAGUAAACGACAAAAGCUCUGAAAACUCUAUGUGGAGGGUACAGAUGUAAGGGAAAAUAGUUAAAUGGCAAAACUGUUGCUUGCAGUUUAAGUAAGGAGAAUUCAUAACUCUAAAAAGGAUUCAUAAAGGCGAAAGGAUUAUGGUAUUCGCGAAAUAAUGGCGAAAAACUUUGUUCGCCGCAUUCGGACUGUGAAAAUUUCCAUAUGGUCUACGUUUGACGUACAAAAAGGAUCUGUUGAAAUCCUGUUAGUCGUAUAUUUGUAGUCAUUUCAGUAAUCUGUUAGAUUAGGCUUCGGCAGUUCGGGUUGCCUUUCAACAGGUGAGUAUCCAGUUGUCUCUUAAACACGUUCACGGUAGGUGAAUUAACAACAUACUCCGACAGAGAGUGCCAUUGACGAAUGACCCUCUGUGAGAAAAAGUAUGAACGUUGAUUUGUGGGGCACAGUUCCCUUUUAAGCUGGUAGUCAUGUCGUCUGAGAUUAGACUUGGGUGCCAUUACAAAAAACGUUUCCCAAUCGACAUCCAUAUUAAGUCCUUUUACCAACUGGAACGUUGCUAUGAGGUCAGCUCUGUCCUGCCUGUAGUGGAGGGGAUAGAGGUUCAUGGCCGUCAGGCGCUGCUCGUACGUGUAAUUUUUGAGGCCUUGAACAAACUUUGUAGCAUGCCGUUGUACACCUUCAAGGAUAUCUAUAUCCUUCCGAAGCUACGGCAGCCAAGCCUGUACCGCAUAUUCCAGGGGUGGCCGCAAAAAUGUCCCGUCUACUUGACCAAAGACAUCUUUAUUCAAGUGAAUAAACGUUCUGCGUAUCGCGUUCAUAACUGAUAUUGCUCGCGCAGCGACUUUAGAAGACUGCGUGGUGUUCUAAAGUCGCUGCGGGAUGAUGGAUGUCACCGAGACCCCAGCGUAAUUUUUCAGUCAGGAUUUCAUACAGGGAAGAGAUGCGGGCAGGUUGAAUGCAAUUAGGACACUCUGGUAAUAAUCAGACCAGCAUUCAACGCGAGAUCGUACGCAUACCUUAAAAAUGGCAGCAGUCCCCAUCGCUCACAUCGCCAGUCUCGUAUUCAAUUCAUGAAUGGAAAGGCUGCCUCACUCUGUGAAUGCCCCGAGAAUCCCUCAGGCUUGAUUUCGUCCACACCACUUCCUAGCUUGUGAUUCAUGUGGAGACGAGGGUCAUCAGACUUGUCUGCGUAAACAGAUACAAACUUUGUAUUCCCAGAAAUUAGCAUUUGUUUACCCCAUAUAUGGUCUUCUAUCACACAAUUCGGUCUAUGUACAUCCUCAAAUUUCCCUUUUAGUGAAUGAUGAUGAGGAUGGUGAAUGUAAGUGA